AUGGUCACCGGUUGCAGCGCUGAGGGGUCUGGCGUCAGCCCCACCGCCCCGUCCUGCAGGUCUGACUUCAUCGUCGUCUCGUCCCGCAGCUCGGCCUUCAGCAUCGGCGUCGUCUUCGUAACCGUCUCGCCCUUCCGCUCUGACCUCAUCAGCGCCGUCUCGUCCGUCAAAGCUGACUGCCCCGCCGUGCUUCCCGCCCGGUCGGGCUUCACCGACAUCAAGCUCUCGAUCGGGCGCACCAGGGCCGCUCUCGGCACGAACCUCAACUCUGGCUCCUCGUCCUGGUGCACUGGCUUCAUCGGCGUCUUCUUCUCGUCCGUCAGCUCGGACAACGGCCUCGAGGCCGGCUGCAUCUCCGCCUCGUCCUUCAACCCCUCCUGCAAGGUUGCCACCUUCUGCAGCAGCAGCUUCUGGACGUGA